CCGCAGGCCCCGCCCGGCGGUUGGGCUGUGAGGAGUCCCGCUGCUCCCUCCCUCGCACUGUACUGAGGCGAGAAACUCGCUCGGCAUGUCGGCUGUGGAGGCGGGGGGUGUUUUCCACAGAGCCCGGGGAAGGACCCUGGACGCGUUUUCCUCAGACAAGGAAAGGGAAUGGAAAGGCCCCUUCUACUUCAUCCAAGGUGCAGACCCACAGUUUGGACUGAUGAAGGCCUGGUCCACGGGGGACUGUGACAGCGGUGGUGAUGAGUGGGGGCAGGAGAUCCGUCUGACUGAGCUAGCUGUUCAGGCCAUCAACAAACUGGACCCCAAGCCCAAAUUCUUUGUUCUGUGCGGGGAUCUCAUCCACGCCAUGCCAGGUGUCAAAGCUGUGUUCUCAGGUCACUACCACAGGAAUGCUGGGGGCACCUACCAGGACCUGGACAUGGUGGUGUCAUCUGCCAUCGGAUGCCAGUUGGGCAAAGACACCCACGGGCUCCGAGUCGUGGUGGUCACUGCUGAGAAAAUCGUCCAUCGAUACUACAGUUUAGAUGAGCUGAGUGAGAAAGGAAUAGAAGACGAUCUGAUGGAUUUGAUGAAGAAAAAAUGAUUGCUGGUUAUGAUCUAUUCACUUUUCACUUCUACUAUUUUUUCAUUUUGUCAGAAACAGCAGCUGCACACAACCCCUUAUUGGAAAAAAAAAAACUAUACCAGGCAGAUUUUUGAAUUUAUGUCCUUUUGCAUAAAUCAGAGAGCUGGGUCCUGUCCUAAAUGAUAUUCAAAAUAGAACUGUCUUCCUUUUAAAAAAGAGAGUGGAGGAGCCUGGAAAUAAAAGGAUAACUGACAUGAUUUGACUAUCUCUGUGUGGGUGAUUGAAUCCCUUCUCCUAAUGAUUCUCAACUCUGCUUUGAAUUAGGUGGUUUCCUGGUAGGUAGCACAUGGUAAAUGUCUACCAAUCGACCUUUAUCGCAACUUGAUACCCAAGUGUGAUCUUUGAUAGUUCCUUGAACAAACUGUGUCUGAUUAUAUUAAAUUGUGGUCAUGACCCCCCCGAAAGCUAGGCAAAACGAGGGUCAUCUCCUUUCCUUCCUAACAAAACAAGUAACUGUGUCCUAUUACCAGAGCCAUAGACUCAACAAGGAGCUGAGCAGCCAACAUGUGCUGUGAAAGUCUGAGGCUUCUGCUACCCGUGAGGAUGCAGUUGAUUCAAGUCCAAGCUUGAGCUUAACUUCUUGGCAGCUAGAAAAGCCACCUUUACACGUAAAUUGUCAGUAUUUGAAAAACCUCAUCCCGGAGACAAGAACCAAAGCCCUGAAGGGCCACCUCUGCCUUCACUGGGCAGCACAUCUGAGCUCGUCCACAGUCACCUUCGAUGCUGCAGUAGCGCCCUCCACAGGCUGACGUCUUCGUGCAGUUGGAAUGCUCCCCCAUUUAUGAGACUCUUAGCUCUGUUGACUUUUGACAGAAGACGUGGGAAUUGGUGCCGAGUUCUCAGGAGAAACCCGGCAGAAAUUCCUGCAGGGUGAAAACAGUGCAUUCAGCCACGCUGUCUCAAUUGGCACCGACCCUGAAGAAACACACGGGUGCGGCCUCCCUUGACCAAGGAGGGGGAUGGGUUCAAGUCAGCAUUGUCGUUGUGUAAUCCACUUUACUGCUGCUCCUCCGCAGCUUCUGACCGCUGCAUCGUUUCAUCCACAUAAUCUUUUCCAGCAGUCGUCCUGGUGGACAGGGCACCUGGGUAUUCUCCAUCCUGCCAGGAAAACUUCACAGCGCUAUGCAGAAGCAUUCAGUCAUCCUAAAACAACUUUAAAAACCAGCUGCUUACAAAUGAACUGCAAAGUCUAUUAAAUUAAAAGACUUUCUUCUUAAAAAGUUUCAGUCAAUGUAGGCAAACCAUGAGAAAUUAAGUAGAAAGAUAAUUGGAUACGUAAAUUCAUGAGGAACAAAAGACAAGAAGUUAAUUAUACUACAAAUCGGUGACACACCACAGCUCAUUGUUAUGUGGCGAGAAAAUUAAAACUUUUCAAAAUG